UCAGCUCGAAGAGGCGUAGCCCCGGUCGGAUCAAUGGGCGUGUCCCCGGCAGCGCCGGAAGCGUAAUUUUAUUCUCGGACCAAAUAGAACUGUGGUGGCCUGUGCGUACGUUUCAGCCUGACCCUGGAAUAAUUGUGUCCCUGACAAAGUGUGGGGGAGGGAGUAGGGAUGGGUGCUACCCGGGUUCCGGGUGACAGGUUCCCUGGGAGCUCAUCGGGAUAGUACAAGAUGGAGGACACUUGAAGCCGGAGGAUGAGAUCCCGAGUACUUGGGUUUGGCUUAAUUUUUUUCCCAUCAGAAAUGAGGAGACUUCAUGCAAUUGCUGUGAAAUGGUCUUGUGAGAGCCCUGUAUGGUGACUUGAAGCAAUCCUUGGGCCUCUGGGUCGCUCAGCUGAAAAGAGUUUUUUUUGUUGUUAUAAUUUUUGAUAUUACUUUGGUGACUGCUUGAGAUCGGAGCCCCUGAACAUUUCAGGGGCCCCCUGUGCCAGGCUCUUAUGGUAUAGGAACAUGGACCAUAACAAUAGGGAGAAGGAUGACAGGCCUCGGCCAGCAAAGGCCUUACCUGUGCGGACUGGCCAUAGCUCCCGGCCAUCUAGCUCAACCACCUCCUCAGGGGUCCUCAUGGUGGGACCCAACUUCAGAGUUGGGAAGAAGAUUGGCUGUGGAAACUUUGGGGAGUUACGGCUAGGCAAAAAUCUUUAUACCAAUGAAUAUGUGGCAAUUAAACUGGAACCCAUCAAGUCUCGCGCACCACAACUUCAUUUGGAAUAUCGAUUUUACAAGCAGCUUGGCAAUAUAGCUGAAGGGCUUCCUCAAGUAUUUUACUUUGGACCUUGCGGAAAGUACAACGCCAUGGUACUGGAACUGUUAGGCCCAAGUUUGGAAGAUUUGUUUGACCUGUGCGACCGGACAUUCACGUUGAAGACUGUGCUGAUGAUUGCAAUCCAACUGAUUUCAAGGAUGGAAUAUGUACACUCCAAGAACCUCAUAUACAGAGAUGUUAAGCCAGAAAACUUUCUCAUAGGGCGCCAGGGAAAUAAGAAGGAGCACAUAAUCCACAUCAUAGACUUUGGACUAGCCAAGGAGUAUAUUGACCCGGAAACCAAAAAGCACAUACCUUACCGGGAACACAAGAGCCUGACGGGAACAGCUAGAUAUAUGUCCAUAAAUACUCAUCUGGGAAAAGAACAAAGUCGAAGAGAUGACUUGGAGGCUCUGGGGCACAUGUUUAUGUAUUUUCUGCGAGGAAGCUUGCCAUGGCAAGGUUUAAAGGCAGACACACUGAAGGAACGUUAUCAAAAAAUUGGAGAUACAAAACGGAACACCCCUGUUGAGGUGCUUUGUGAGAACUGCCCAGAGGAGAUGGCUACUUACUUGCGAUAUGUGAGACGGCUAGACUUCUUUGAGAAACCGGAUUACGAUUACCUACGGACACUUUUCUCAGAGCUGUUCGAAAGAAAAGGAUAUACCUUUGAUUAUGUUUACGACUGGGUUGGCAGGCCAAUUCCUACCCCAGGUGGAUCUGUGCAUAUAGAUUCCGGGACCUCUGCAAUAACCAGGGAGAGUCAUGGGCACAGGGAGCGGCCAUCACAAACACAGCCAUUGAGAAACCAGACGGGCGUACCAGACCGCAGAGGAGCUUGGGACUUGCAGGUCGGCCGACAGGCUCAUCCAGCUUACCUGGUACCUCACCUGGCAUCAGACCGCCAUGGGGGAUCCGUGCAGGUAAUGAGUUCAACUAAUGGGCAGCUUAAUGCCGAUGACCAAAUGGCAGGUCACUCCAAUGCACCGAUCACUGCGCAGGCCGAGGUGGAGGUUAUGGAGGAAGCAAACUGCGUGAAAAUGCUCAAUUUGUGGUGCUGCUGUUUUUUUAAGAGGAAAAGGAAGAACCACUCUCAGCGAAACCACAAGUGAGCUGCCAGGAUUUUCUGGAAGAGAUUAUUGAACUUGACAUGCAGAGCUGCUCUGUAAACUACUCAAGGGCAUUUGGGGAAAGAGUAUUCAGGUUCUUUGUGGCUUAUCAUUCAAGGGAAACAAAAAAGGCAAACAAAUUAAAACAAAGAUGUCUGCAUUAAUCUGUGGCCAGCUUGCAAACGGUUCCUGAGAAAAGGUGCAAUAAGGUUUAGCCCUCUGAGAGUGAUGAGAUGGAGGGUUGCGCCUAAAAUUCUGAUGAGGGACUGGCAAGGACUAUCCCCUCACAAUACUUUGUAUUACCUGCACUCCUGAAUUGCCUGUUAGAACCCUAAUGAUUUAUACUCAUUUCUGAGGGCUGCACCUCAACUCCCUGUUUUACCUCCAACUUAACCAUGAAGACAGGAUGUUGGGAUAAGAAAUUUGACUACUUAUUGAAGUUUGUCCUUUUUUAGUUUUAUUUUGUUCUUUUUUUUUUUUUGUCCCUUCUUUCAUGUUUCAUUUUCUUUUCUCUUCAUCGAAAUAAAAUGUAGAGAAUUACUGAUCAUUCCACGUUAGAUGGAUCGCUCCAUGCAUGGUUAGAUGCCCUGAGGAGUGUCUCUUGCACUACUGGCUUUAAAGUAAAUAUACAUUUUAUAAGAAAUAUGUGCGUUCUGUUUGCUCUGCCGCACGUACUCUUCCAAGUGAGACUCAGGAUGUAAGAUAUCGGAGCCCUGUCUCCCUGCUUAGCUUUAUAUAUACAGCAGAAUCCCCCUCACCCCCUACCCAAGUCAAACUGAGGAUUAAUAUUUAAUAUUGCUGCUUCAGGGGUGAAUCCAAUAGAAAUCACAAAAGGACUUGAUUCUAUGAAAUACAUUUCUAUGCUUGAAUUUCUGCUUUUGUUUCCACAACGAUAUUCUUUUAUUAGGAGCCUACAAACUUUGUUUUCUGUCAUUUUUAGCAUGGUAUUGUAGACAAUGUCUUUCCUUAAAACACAAUAUACUGUUUGAUUUCUUUGAAAUUAUUGUGGAGGGUAAGGCUUGUUUUUCCUUGUGUUAUAAGAUACACUGAGUUUUGAUGCAGAAAACUGUGAAUCUGUUUUCUUUGCUUUUAUUUAUCACUUU